UUGGGGGAUUUAGUGGAGCAGCUCGGACGAAAAUGAAUUAGACACGAAACUGGAACAAAUUAUGACAGUGGAGUUGGUUUAUUUUGCCCGUUCUGUCUAAAUAUAGAUUAAAAUGUAUUGUUUUAUCCGAGCAUAUGACUGUGGAUGGCGGUUUAUACAGACUCAGCAGCACUGAGGAUGACUAAUAUGAUGAAGAAGACCUGCUGUCACUUCUCAUAUGAAUGCUUAAGUGUAUUUGAAGAGGAAUUACACUUUUUUCCCAUCUCUAUUUUGGCGUUUUAAGUUUAUUAGACUGAUAUUAAAUGCAAUUUGGGGCAGUAGGGAUUCUGGGUGCACAUUUUAUACAAUAAUUAUUAUAAUACUUGUUUUGAAUUUUGAUUUUGGAAUUUUUUACACCCAUGACCUGUACAGGAAAUCAGAUUUUUCUUGUUUACAGUUUUUUGUUUAAGUAGACAGGUCGAGAUUUUAUCUGUUGUAAAUUGUGGGUUGAAGUCAUUCCAGCUUCAGAGUUGGACUGUCCAGACGCCUUAAACAUGUAUGCAGGACGAAAAAGAAGAAAACCAGUGCAAAGAACGGUGAAGCAGGCUCCAGCUGAAGGGGUGAAGUCUAACCCAUCCAAACGUCAUCGAGAUCGGUUAAAUUCCGAGUUGGUCCGGUUGGCCAGUCUCCUUCCAUUUCCAGAGGAUGUCACGAGCAGCCUGGACAAACUCUCCAUCCUGCGGCUGAGUGUCAGUUAUCUACGUGCUAAGAACUUCUUCUCUGUCACUCUGAAAAACCACAGCUGCAAUGGUUUGUCAGCAAACAACAGUAACCAUGACAACAGUAAAGCAACAGGAUUGGUUGAUGGCUGGCUGCAUGAAGGAGAGCUCCUACUACAGGCUCUUAAUGGCUUUGUGUUGGUGGUCACUGCUGAGGGGAUCAUUUUCUACUGUUCUCACACCAUCCAGGAUUACUUAGGAUUCUACCAGACAGAUGUGAUGCAUCAAAAUCUGUUUGAACUCAUUCAUACUGAAGACCAGCAGGCCUUCAGACGCAACUUACACUGGGCCUUGAACCCGCCUCCAACCAGCACGCAGACAGAAGAAUCACCACAAGAUGGAGAUCCUGCCCCUGUGACAUGCAACCCUGACCAGCUGCCUCCCGAAAACUCCUCUUUCCUGGAGAGAAAUUUCGUCUGUCGUUUCCGUUGCCUCCUAGACAAUUCUUCGGGAUUCCUGGCCUUGAAUCUUCAAGGACGUCUGAAAUUCCUGCAUGGACAGAACAGGCGUUUGGAUGACGGAGGCCAAAUGCCACCCCAGCUUGCCCUGUUUGCCAUAGCGACACCCCUACAGCCUCCUUCCAUAAUGGAGAUCCGAACCAAGAACAUGAUUUUCAGAACCAAACACAAGUUGGACUUCACCCCAAUGGCCUGUGAUGCUAAGGGUAAAAUCGUUCUUGGCUACACCGAGGCAGAGCUGCGAGUUCGUGGUUCAGGGUACCAGUUCAUCCAUGCAGCUGAUAUGCUCUAUUGUGCUGAGAACCAUGUCAGGAUGAUCAAGACUGGAGAAAGCGGCCUGACUGUUUUUAGACUGCUUACAAAGGACAACCACUGGAAAUGGGUACAAGCUAACGCUAGACUUGUCCACAAAAACGGCAAGCCUGACUACAUCAUUGCCACCCAGAGGCCUCUUGUAGAAGAAGAGGGUGGAGAGCAUUUGAGGAAGCGAUCUAUGCAUCUUCCGUUCACCUUUGCUACUGGAGAAGCUCUGCUGUAUCAAAUCAGCUACCCCAUGCCAGGUUUCUCUGACAUCCUUCAGGGCAAAGGCAAGAACAACAAAACCAAAAAGAGCAAGGUGGACAAAAGUUCAAAGGAUGAUCUGGACCCAAGUUCUUUGCUGGGAGCCAUGAUGAGACAGGAUGAGUCUGUUUACGUUUGCCAGCCUGCUAUGGAGCCUAGAAUGUCAUUCCACAGUAGCCUCUUCAGUGAGCAAGGAGAGACUAGCACUUUCUCUUCUUCGGCGGAAAAUGAAAGUUGGAAUCCAGCGCAGAAUGGUGUAACUGCAGUCUCCAAACAGGAACCAUCCAGUUUUGACCCACUACUGGCAACAUUAGACUCUCUGUCCCUGGAAAAUGAGGAAAGCUGCUCCAACAGUGAGCUAUUCAGUGCCCUGGAAAACCUGGGACUCAUCGCAGAGGACCUAGAGCUGCUGCUUCUGGAUGAGAGGAUGAUCCAGGUAGAGAUGGAUCCGGAUUACACCCCAUCUCUGAAUGAUCUUCUCACCAACAACGAAAUCCUCUCCUACGUCCAAGACUCACUGGAGAACCGGAUCGAGGACUCAACAGAUGCUCAAAACUCUGCCGCGGCAUUAGAUUCUAUUGAACCCCCUAAGCCAUGUUCUGCUUCCGAUUCCGCUUCUCAAAUUACUAUCUCCAUGACUGCUCCUCACGUACCUUUCUGGCCACAAAAACAGAUAACACCCAUAGUUCAUCUCUCACAGCGUAUGCAGCAACAUCUCAAUGGCCAGUCGGUUUGCCACAAAACCGAGAGCUGGAUCCAGGCACCUAUACCACAGGUGUCUACAGCAGACACUGAGACAACUACGUUUACCCAGCAUGAUACUUUGUUGGUGAACUCGGUACCAGCUGUACACAAUGGACACUGGAUUCCUGAACACACACAAGCCAACUUGAACUCUCAACUUGGUGACGAGGUAACAGGAACUAGUAAAUCACAAUCACAUCAAUUCCAGUAUAAACAGAAAACAGCUGUGGGUAGUGAAACCCCUCCGAACGGGGUCUACAAUGAUCCCCAGUGGAAUGGAUAUGACUUCACAGACCAGUUGGACACAAAUGGACCUUGUUUUCCCAAUGGCCAGAUGGCACACACACAAACACUGGGUACACAUGUUGAUUACAAUAUGACUGACAAUUCAGGGGUGGAGUUUACAAUGAACAUCUGUACAGCUGAGGAUGUAGGCCAGUUUAAGGGAGCCAUGGCCUCAUCUUCAUCCUAUCAGCAGGGUUAUCAGAAACAGCAGCAGCAGCCAAAGGUCGCACCCACUUAUUAUGCCUCCUAUACUAAACAGAACUCCUCUCUGGAGCAUAUCCUGGGAUUAGCCCCACCUUCAAACCUUCCCUCAUUGAGAGAUUAUGGCUCUGAACUGACCCAUGACGCCACCCACAGUAAGAUGGAGACAGGCUUUAUACUCAACUCUGCUAGUGUGGCCUACACAGGAAGUUGUUUGGUUCCCAACGGCAAUGCAGUGGCCACACCCGGCAACAGUCCUCACCCGCUUCCUGAGCCACUCCCACCUCCCCCUGACACCCAGACCACUGGUUUCUACCUCUGAAUACAGAUCCAUCCCAAAAGAUGCCAUCAAUCAAGAGAGGACUGUCAAACCAAACGUAAAAAAUACAUAAAAAAUUGCAAUUUUCAAUUUUUUUUUUUUUUUAGGUUUGCUUAUCAACUUGAAUAAAUUAAUCUCCUUCUUAAUUCAAAUGAGCCAGACUGACCUCUGAAAUAUCAAACCAAUUGCUGAAUAUUCCACACAAGAUAAUGUGAUAGCACUCGCAUUUAUAUUAGUAAUUCAGUUAUGAAUUAAUUAUGUAUUAAUUAUGUUUGGAUUAUUUCCAUGCUUUGUGAGACGUAGGGAAAUUUCUCCAGUUGGCAGAUGCAGUUGAUCCCAAUUUGAGAUGGUCCGUCUGUAACAGGUGCAUGUUGGGAUACGUUUGUGCAUAAGUAUGUGUGUGAUGUCAGUCGCCGUUAAUUGGGCCUCAUUCAAAAUUGUUCACAAAACUAUGUUUGCGUGACAUGCGAUGCAAUGUCUGUAAAUCACGUAGGAGUGUAUGCAGCGUAUCGUUCUUACAAAACUGAUUGUCUUGAAACGCAGUAAAAGACUUUUUUAUGUUUAUAUGAACAGAAGAUUGGGAUGUAUAUUUAUUUAUGAAAAAAGCAAGGGUGUUACCUUCAGUUUACUGACAGUUUAAAGAAUACUUAUGUGCGUUGUCAAUAAUAAAGCAGUUUAGCUAUACAAAAAAAGAAUGAGACUCUUCUGUAGAUGUCACUUGUAGAUCUGAAUCCUUCACACUAUUACAUUUUGUGAGAUUAGAUUUUGGAAAGAUGAUUCCAGAUCAAAUGUGUAUUGUUCAUGUGUAUAGUGAAUCCAGAACCAACCCAGUCUUGUGACGAACGCGUAAUAAUUGGUAAGAGUUAACCGGGUAAGUCAGGUAAAGGCAUCAAAUAUGUACAUGCAAGUUUUGAAUUGUCUCAAAUGAAG